AUGUUUAACCGCAAUAAUAUCCCUUCUCUCCCUAAUCCUUUUUCUUCCGGCGGUUCUCCCGGUGGUGAUGGAGCUCGACCACCCCGCGAUCGAUACAACGUGCCUCCCCAGCAGAUGGGCCGCCCGGAUGCGUAUGGACAAGACCCUCGACUAGCUGGAGGGUAUGCGCCACCGCUUAAUCGAAAUGAUAAUGACACUGUGAUGACUGACGCAUAUAAUGGAUUAAGAAGAUACGGAGGACCUACCGACCGGGCUCCCGCACUACCCUCGACGCCAGGCGGAGGGAGGAUGACGCCAGCCAGCAGUGGUAGCGAUCGGUCAAUCGUCAUUAGCGUAUUUUCAGCUCGCCCUCUGGAAGGGUUCCCUCCCGGCCAUAUUAGCAUGUCAGACCCGCAACGGACAUGGGCGCAGGUUGCAUUGACGGAUAUGGUUGAUGUUAGGCUGUAUGACAUUUUCAGCCAGGGGAGCCAAGCAUAUCUCGCUUCCAUGGACUUGGAGGUUGGGUUUGCGGGCAAAAAAAGAACUGAAACUCCCUACGAUCAGGAUCAACUUGCCAAUGUUUUCAUCAGGAAUUUUGAAAACCAAAUUCUUGCUCCUGGCCAGAAAAUAUUGAUGGAUGAUAGAAGCAUCCCGCUUCUACUAAAUGUCAAAACCGUCCAGCUCGGUGAUUUAUCAGAGAAACCAUCGUCCUCUGCCCCAACUUCGGCGGACCCUACCACAAGGGGCAUACUUACCAAACACACUUUAAUCAACUUCUUCAAAGAUGCCAAAACAGGCAUUAACGUUAAACCCUCCAAUCGGAGGCCUGCUGCGAAUUCCAUCAUUCAGCCGGAUUUCAAGUUUGAAAACAUGGGUAUUGGUGGUUUGGACCUGGAGUUCAGCACCAUUUUCCGAAGAGCCUUUGCAUCUCGCAUUUUUCCACCUGGCCUUGUGGAAAAAUUGGGAAUUCAGCAUGUCAAGGGCAUUCUACUCUAUGGUCCACCGGGAACUGGUAAAACGUUAAUUGCAAGGCAAAUUGGCAAGAUGUUGAACGCAAGAGAGCCCAAAGUUAUCAACGGCCCUGAAGUUUUAAAUAAAUUUGUCGGUCAAUCGGAAGAAAACAUCAGAAAACUCUUUGCCGAUGCCGAAAAGGAGUACAGAGAAAAGGGUGAUGAAAGCGGGCUUCACAUUAUCAUUUUCGACGAACUCGAUGCGGUUUGCAAGCAGAGAGGCAGCGGAGCCGGUGGUGGCACCGGUGUCGGCGACAGCGUUGUCAAUCAGCUCCUAUCCAAACUCGAUGGUGUCGACCAACUGAACAAUAUCUUAUUGAUUGGAAUGACCAACCGAAUGGACAUGAUUGAUGACGCUCUUCUACGUCCUGGACGUUUGGAGGUUCAUAUGGAGAUCUCCUUACCCGAUGAAAAGGGGAGAGUCCAGAUUCUGAAUAUUCACACUAAGAAGAUGCGGGACGGCAAUCUUAUGGAUAGCGAUGUAGACCUCGCUGAGCUGGCUCAACUAACCAAGAAUUUCUCUGGAGCAGAAAUCAGUGGUCUAGUGAAGUCUGCAUCGUCAUUCGCUUUCAAUCGACAUGUCAAGAUUGGAACGAUGGCUGGAAUCAGCGACGACGUCGUUAAUAUGAAAGUAAAUCGGCAAGAUUUCCAAAAUGCCCUGGACGAAGUUAAACCCGCUUUCGGUGUCUCAGAGGAAGAGCUUGAAACUUGCAUUCAUGGAGGUAUUAUUCAUUUCUCUCCGGCUAUCGAUAGCAUUUUGGAGGAAGGGAAGCUGUUUGUGAAUCAAGUUCGAGAUCCUCAAUCAACGACUCAGCUAUUCUCAGUGCUACUGCAUGGACCACCGGGAAGUGGAAAAACCGCUUUGGCUGCAAAGAUUGCCAUAGACUCAGAUUUUCCAUUUGUUAAGCUCAUCAGUCCAGAAGACAUGGUGGGCUUCAGCGAGAUGGCCAAAAUCCAGCAUAUGAGCAAAGUGUUCAACGAUGCUUACAAGAGCCCUACAAGUGUUGUGGUUAUGGACAAUAUUGAACGAAUCAUUGACUGGGUCCCAAUUGGACCUCGAUUCAGCAAUUCCGUCCUUCAAACCGUCAUGGUGCUACUCAGGAAGCAGCCUCCCAAGGGGCGUCGCCUUUUAAUUCUUGCGACGACAACUGAGCGAUCGAUAUUGAAGCAAUUGGGAUGUUUUCAACUCUUUCAAUGCUGA